AUGGUGAAGAAACUCCUAUUAUUUGUUUUAAUAAUAUAUUCUGGUGAAGCUGAAGUUAUGUCAAGCGUGCCUGCUCACCUGAUCGCUUGCUACCGCAAUGGAGGCCCGCUUCUGAAUGCACCGCAUCGUAUCGAGGUAUUCCUGUCAAUUGUGCGACGCUUAGAACUAUCUGCUCGACUGGAUAUGAGAUUGUUUAGUGCUUCCUUAAUAAGAAGAUUCCGUCUGGAUGGCAUACAACAAGCAUCGAAUCCAGUUGAAACAGAAUUUGUGCUGCCAUUUAGAGCAUCAGCAUUUCAGUUUAAUAAAUUUAAGCUCCUAAUGGAUCUGUUUUUGCCGAGUCAGAAUCUUUUAGAUAUGGAUGAAAGUCUAUCACUGAUAGAAAGCUGUUUAUUACAUAAACUAUUGAGUUCAAUGGUACAACCGUGGGAGAGGGGUGACGAAAAUUUGACUUGUCCAGUGUCUACAGAACACAGACAGAAAAUGAUAAACGAUAGCGCCAGUAGAAUAUACAGUAGAUGCCCAAUAGAAAAUGGCGUUAUACAAACAGACUGGGGUCCCAUAGCACCGGGUACAGUAGUGGCCGCUAUAACAGCAUCACUAGAAUCGCAACGAGUGUCAAUCACGGACAUAUUAAGCGCCAAUAUUUAUAAAUCAAAAGUAUCAAAACCUUUAAUCGAGUUAGCCAAGAGAGAUUGGGAGAAACGAGUUGAAAAGCUAACUGCUGGCGACAACAGUGUAAAUUUUGAAAAAUCAAAAAUAGUUAACAAUGAAAAUAACAAUGAAAUCAGUAAUAUAUGGGUAGCAACGCUUGCUGGUGACUUAGCCGAAGUUGUUGUGAAUCAAGGGCCUAGAGUGGGCGCAUCGUCACAACAUUUGGUGGUCGGUAGCAAUAAUAGAUGGAAUGAUUCUGUUUUGCCUCGUACGUUUUAUCUAUUGCCUCAGAGCAGCGGCGUUGUUGACUGGCAUUUUACAGACGCGGAAAUUCUUGCGGGAAUUGACGGUUUAAUAUUAGCGAGCUACGUGCCUUCCUGGAUAGAACAGCGCAGGUCGCUGAGGUUAUCUCAAGUGCUAGAAAUGUACUAUUCAAACGAGGGAGUAUCGUUCGACCCCACAGUGCGGGCUUGCAACCGACUCUCUUUGUACACAAAUGCUGUGAACAGUUCACUGUUGACGUCGCAGACCUUGAGAUUCGCACACAUUUUGUCUCUGAAACAAAUAACCGUUUAUAUACCAUUAGAAGAAAUGCAGAGAAUGAGUGAAGCUGCUGUCACAGCUUUCAUGGAAUAUGUCCCGUCUGUAUUACAAAGGUAUCACCAGAAUUGUCUGUCGAGCCAUAAUGUACCAGAGAUAGACUUAAUAGUCGCGACCGAUGGCUCCUGGAAAGGAUAUGACGUAGAACAGUUUACGUCCUGGAUCGGCAGAGCGUUGGAAAUAGACCAGCAGAGAAGUACCGUAGGAUUGCUUCACGGCAAUACGGGUCGAUGGAUCGUCCCGCCAUCUAACAACAUGACUGCUUUCUUUAGUCAUAUCGCUAACUUCACUGACGAAUGGCCUAAUCGUCUUAAUGUACCAAAUAUAUUAUCAAGAAUAAACGAGCAAUUGCGUAAUCAAACACUGCAAAAUAUUAUCUCCGAAAAAGCCAGUGCAGGACGCAGUACGGUUGUAUUAGUGAUCAGUCCAAGUGAUCAGCUCACUAGCGAUGAACUUGAAAGAUCCAGAGAACUAAUGUAUUCCAUUAGGUCGACUUACUUCGACGCCUAUUUCGUCUAUGCAGCUCAGGAUUUAACAAACUAUAAAAAUAUAAACAAUGAAUAUAUGGACUAUUCGGAGAUUUUCAUUACGUUGACUUCAUCUAGUGUGCUAGAUGUAACUAACGCUAUCGAUACAUAUUUGAUAAAAUCUGAUAUUCCGAAGAAAAUAGUUGGAGCUCAGUGCCCCAUUAAUGGCACAUGGUAUGAUCAAGUACCUUAUGAAGAUGCGAUAUUGCCUGGUCGGAAGCAAUACUAUCGCAUUCAUCCUUUUUACUUAAGACAACAAGCGCGUAUACAUGUACAGUUUCGUAAUGAUGCUCAUGGCAGAAUAUUGGUGUGCAUGUGGCGCGGUGCUGAGACAUCACAAAGCUGCCAAAUGUUGACUGAACGAGAUAUAUAUACGUUUAACCUCACCACACCUUGUCCUUCGCCAGACUUCUGUCCGCCUGCGCACUUUGCAGUGACCAUAUUGUCUACCUUGAAUUCUUGUGCCCACGCCGAUUGCCGUUUCCCAAAUCAAGUUGGCUACUACAUACGACAUUCGGGUUUUCGUUGCUUCCCGCUGCUCGGUGCUGCAGUCGCAUUGUCGCCUGUUUGGAAAGUGCACUUAGGACUUUCUCUUAUGAUCUCAUUUUUGUAUUUCAAUCAAUAA